AUGGAGGUAGUCGCGCUAAAUGAGCGACUGCGCGGCGACUUCUCGACGCUGCUGAAGCUACUCCCGCCGCCAUAUACUGUGUCUUCCUUCAUCAGCACGAAAAACCAUAUCUCUUCUUCCAAAUCCCCGGCCGUUGCGCUCCCAACUGCCCGCUAUACGCAGCACUGUCGCCUUAUGCUGUGGCGUCUUAAUUCAUACCAGUACGGCUCAGCUAGCGCAUUUCUGCUGGAUCUGGAACAGUUGGAGCGAGUGGCGGAGCCCCCAGAGCUGAAGGAGCAGGUACAGCGUCUUUUGGACCGUAUCGCAGAUACUGAAAGCGACAAGCAAGGCCAGGAGAAUGUCGUGAAGGAAACGGAGAACAACGCAACGUGGUUGUGUAAUGUCUCGUUGAGAGACCAAAUUGUGACUAUCGGGACCUUUAAUAGUCAAGAACAGGCGCUGGAGGGAUAUGAACAGCAGAGGAAGAAGAUGGCCGAGAAUGCUGCCAGCUUUAACAAAUUGAGGCAACUUGGAAUUAAGAUGGAGGCGGAGCAACGUGAAGAGGAUGAACGAGUGCUGAAGGAGGCAAUGGCUCAAUGUCACCCGAGAUUGAUGACCAUGAAGGUGGCGCCAGUGGUCCCGCCGGCACCCAUCGUGAACAACACAGCGAUACUAACCAAAGCGAUCUCACGGUCGGUGGUGACGAGUCCAGCGCCGUCGGAGACUGAAGCGUCGCCUUCGAGACCUUCAAGGUCAUCGAAGCGGCAAAAAGCGGAGGGUUCCAUCGCCAAUGCUUCAGCUGCGAAGAAGCAGAAGGUGGAGUCGGCAAGUAACUCUGCUUCUAGCAGUGUAUCGACGAGUAGCCGCUCGUAUUUGAAGCUGCGGAGACUUAUCCAGAAGCGACUGUGCAGACAUCUGAAAGGCCAGAAAGUCUGCGUACUGCCGAAUCCUGCUAAUAUCGACGAGGCGAGAUGGAUCGCUUCGGGGCGUCUAGAAGCUGGCAAGGUGUUCUCGCUCGACAAGAAAAGGCAAAUGACCUUCGCAGACUACGUCCGAGACGAACUGGGUCGUCCAGUAUCAGCAUGCGCUCACAUGUUCCUCGUUCGAACCAAGGAAAGUAUCGAUGACCACCUGAAGGUCUGUGACGCCUUCUCGGAUAAGGAACGCGAGCUGGGCCCACCCACUCAACUGCAACCAGCGAAGAGCAGAAAGACAUCGCGCAGACGCUAA